UUCCAGGUUGUUUAUUCUCUCCCAGCUGGUGAAGUGUUUAACUGACAGGUGUUUCUGUGGUGUGUUGUGACAGAAACUUUCAAGUAUGCAAAACAAUACUAAAUUUUUUAUAUAUGCUGGAGGUGUAUUUAUAUGCUUUUUCUUUUAUGGCAUAUUACAAGAGAGAAUAACCAGAGGAGUCUAUGGUGAAGGUGAAAAUCAGGAAAAAUUCACAUGCAUGCUAUCACUUGUUCUUGUGCAGUGUAUUGUGAACUAUUUGUAUGCGAAGAUCAUUCUUUCCACCGUGAUGAAGCAAGGCGAAGACUCGACGAGGACUGCCUACUAUUCCUCGAGUGCUUUGACCUACCUGCUUGCAAUGGUUUGUAGUAACAUGGCCCUGCAGUGGGUUAACUAUCCCACCCAAGUGGUUGGGAAGUCUUGCAAACCGAUACCUGUCAUGAUUCUAGGAGUUCUCGUAGGAAAGAAGCAUUAUUCAAUGAAGAAAUAUUUGUUUGUGGUAAUGAUUGUAGUUGGUGUAGCCUUGUUUAUUUUUAAAGAUGGCAAAGCAGGAGGAGAGGAAAGUGUGUUAUUUGGUUUUGGAGAACUGCUACUUUUCUUGUCGCUCACAAUGGAUGGCUUGACAGGCGCUAUCCAAGAAAGAAUGCGUGCAGAGCACCAGACUAAGUCUGGGCAUAUGAUGUUGAACAUGAAUUUAUGGUCUAUCUUGUACGUAUCUUUUGCAGUCAUUAUGUCUGGAGAAAUAUUUGCAUUCAUCACCUUUGUGCAGAAUCAUCCAAGUAUUAUUUGGCAGAUCCUGACCUUUUCCGUAACUAGUGCACUGGGACAGUUUUUCAUCUUCUUGACAGUGAGUGAUUUUGGGCCCCUGCCUUGUUCAAUUAUAACAACAACCAGAAAGUUCUUCACUGUUCUGGGCUCAGUUUUAUUUUUCGGUAACACACUGCUGCCGAGACAGUGGAUUGCGACAGUUAUUGUGUUCUUUGGCCUUUUUCUUGACACCAUGUAUGGAAAAACUGUUAGCAAGAAAAAGUAAAGCAUUUCUCUGGCAGAAUCACGCUUGUUUUGACGUGUGUGACUUGUACAAAAAUAUGGGGUGUUCUGUGUACAGUACCGCUCACAAUGGCUAAGUGCU